GCGCCCGCCGAGCCUCAGUCCCGCGACCCGAGCCGGGCGCACCGCAGAGGAGAGCGCGCCGGAGUCGGCGCCCGGACGCACCGCGCCCGCAGUGUCCGCGGCGCCCAGGGCCGGGCAUGGGGCGGCCCGGCUGAGCACUGCGCCCCACUGCACCCCACUGCUGGCCCGAGUCGCCAGCCCUCCAGCCGCGGCCCCGGUGCGCACGGGCGAUGGCAAAGACGCCGUCCGGCGCCGUGGGGCUGCGGCGGCUGCUGCUGCUGCUGCCGCUGCUCGGCGAAGCCCCCCUGGGCCUCUACUUCUCACGGGAUGCCUACUGGGAGAAGCUGUACGUGGACCAGCCGGCCGGCACGCCCCUGCUGUACGUGCACGCGCUGCGGGACGCCCCAGGGGAGGUGGCCAGCUUCCGCCUGGGCCAGCACCUCUACGGAGCCUACCGCACCCGGCUGCACGAAAACGAGUGGAUCCGCAUUCACGAGGACACCGGCCUUCUGUACCUCAACCGCAGCCUGGACCAGAGCACCUGGGAGAAGCUCAGCCUGCGCAAUGGCGGCUUCCCCCUGCUCACCAUCUUCCUCCAGGUCUUCCUGUCCCCCGUGUCCCUGCGCGAGGCCGAGUGCCAGUGGCCCGGCUGUGCACGCGUCUACUUCUCCUGCAUCAACUCCUCCUUCCCCGCCUGCAGCUCGCUCUCGCCCCGCGAGCUCUGCUUCCCGGAGACCGACCUCUCCUUCCGCAUCCGGGAGAACAAGCCGCCCGGCACCUUCCACCAGUUCCGGCUGCUGCCCGUGCAGUUCCUGUGCCCCAACAUCAGCGUGACCUACGGGCUCCUGGAAGGUAAGGACGGGCCCUUCCGCUGUGCCCCGGACAGCCUAGAGGUGAGCACGCUCUGGGCCCUGGACCGCGAGCAACGGGAGAAGUACGAGCUGGUGGCCAAGUGCACGGUGCGCGUGGGCGCGCGCGAGGAGGCCGUGAUGGUGCCCUUCCCCGUGACCGUCUACGAUGAGGACGACUCGCCGCCCACCUUCCCGGGGGGCGUGGACACCGCCGACGCCGUGGUGGAGUUCAAGCGCAAGGAGGGCACCGUGGUGGCCACGCUGCGUGUCUUUGAUGCGGACGUGGUGCCAGCGUCGGGAGAGCUGGUGAGGCGGUACACGAGCACCCUGCUCCCCGGGGACCCCUGGGCCCAGCAGACCUUCCGCGUGGAGCACGCCCCCAACGAGACCUUGGCUCUGGCCAACGACACCUUCGUGCGAGCGACGGUGCAUGACUACAGGCUGGUUCUCAACCGGAGCAUCCCCAUCUCAGAGAGCCGCGCCCUGCAGCUGGCCGUGCUGGUCAACGACUCGGACUUCCAGGGCCCCGGGACAGGGGUGCUCCUCCUGCAUUUCAAUGUGUCCGUGCUGCCCGUCAGUCUGCACCUGCCUGAAGCCUACGCCUUCUCUGUGAGCAGAAGGGCCCGCCGCUACGCCCAGAUUGGCAAGGUGUGCGUGGAGCACUGCCAUGAGUUCAGCGGGAUCCACGUCCAGUACAAGCUGCAGCCCUCCGGUGCCAACUGCAGCGCCCUGGGCGUGGUCACCUCGGCCGAGGACACCUCCGGCACCGUGUUUGUGAACGCCUCGGAGCCCCUGCGGCGGCCGGAAUGCGCCGAGCUCCAGUACACUGUGGUGGCCACCGACCGGCAGACGCGCAGGCAGGCGCAGGCCCCGCUGCUCGUCACCGUGGAGGGGAUGUACGUGGCCGAGGAGGCAGGCUGCCCCCUGUCCUGUGCAGUCAGCAAGAGGCGGCCCGAGUGUGAGGAGUGCGGUGGCCUGGGCUCCCCGACGGGCAGGUGCGAAUGGCGGCAAGGCGACGGCAAAGGGAUCAGCAGGAAUUUCUCCACCUGCUCCCCCAGCACCAAGACCUGCCCCGACGGCCACUGUGACACCGUGGAGAGCAGAGACCCGAACAUCUGCCCCCAGGACUGCCUCCGGGGGAGCAUCGUUGGGGGACAUGAGCCCGGGGAGCGCCGGGGGAUCAGAGCUGGCUACGGAAUCUGCAACUGCUUCCCAGAGGAGAAGAAGUGUUUCUGUGAGCCGGAGGACAGCCAGGGCCCGCUGUGUGACGAGCUGUGCCGCACGGUGAUCGCCGCCGCCGUGCUCUUCUCCUUCAUCGUCUCGGUCCUGCUCUCCACCUUCUGCAUCCACCGCUACCACAAGCAUGCGCACAAGCCGCCCAUCGCCUCGGCCGAGAUGACCUUCUGCAGGCCCGCCCAGGCCUUCCCGGUCAGCUACUCCUCGUCCGGGGCCCGCCGGCCCUCGCUCGACUCCAUGGAGAACCAGGUCUCCGUGGAUGCCUUCAAGAUCCCGGAGGAUCCAAAGUGGGAAUUCCCGCGGAAGAACUUGGUUCUUGGAAAGACCCUGGGAGAAGGCGAGUUUGGAAAAGUGGUCAAGGCGACAGCCUUCCGUCUGAAGGGCAGAGCCGGGUACACCACGGUGGCUGUGAAGAUGCUGAAAGAGAACGCCUCCCCCAGCGAGCUGCGGGACCUCCUGUCCGAGUUCAACCUGCUGAAGCAGGUGAACCACCCCCAUGUCAUCAAGCUGCACGGGGCCUGCAGCCAGGAUGGGCCACUGCUCCUGAUCGUGGAGUACGCCAAGUACGGCUCCCUGCGUGGCUUCCUGCGGGACAGCCGCAAGGUGGGGCCGGGCUACGUGAGCGGCGGAGGCGGCCGCAACUCGGGCUCCCUGGACCACCCGGACGAGCGGGCCCUGACCAUGGGCGACCUCAUCUCCUUCGCCUGGCAGAUCUCACGGGGGAUGCAGUACCUGGCCGAGAUGAAGCUGGUCCAUCGGGACCUGGCCGCCAGAAACAUCCUGGUGGCUGAGGGGCGAAAGAUGAAGAUCUCGGAUUUUGGGCUGUCCCGAGAUGUUUAUGAAGAGGAUUCCUACGUGAAGAGGAGCAAGGGUCGGAUUCCAGUUAAGUGGAUGGCAAUCGAGUCCCUUUUUGAUCAUAUCUACACCACCCAAAGUGAUGUGUGGUCCUUUGGUGUCCUGCUGUGGGAGAUCGUGACCCUGGGGGGCAACCCCUACCCCGGGAUUCCUCCUGAGCGGCUCUUCAACCUUCUAAAGACCGGCCACCGGAUGGAGAGGCCGGACAACUGCAGCGAAGAAAUGUACCGCCUGAUGCUGCAAUGCUGGAAGCAAGAACCGGACAAGAGGCCGGUGUUUGCCGACAUCAGCAAAGACCUGGAGAAGAUGAUGGUUAAGAGCAGAGACUACCUAGACCUGGCCGCGUCCACGCCGUCCGACUCGCUGCUUUAUGAGGAUGGUCUCUCGGAAGAAGAGACACCCCUGGUGGACUGUAAUAAUGCUCCCCUCCCUCGCGCCCUUCCUUCCACAUGGAUUGAAAACAAACUCUAUGGCAUGUCAGACCCGAGCUGGCCCGGAGAGAGUCCUGUACCACUCACGAGAACUGAUGGCACUAACCCUGGGUUCCCAAGAUAUGCAAAUGAUAGUGUAUAUGCUAACUGGAUGGUUUCACCCUCAGCGGCAAAACUAACGGACUCCUUUGAUAGUUAACAUUCCUUUGGGAAAGGUAACGGACUCGCCAGGGGGAAGAAACAGGCCAAGCGUGGGAAGCCACCAGCACCGGCUCCUUUGGUGCACAUCACACUGGCCAAGCCAAGUUCAGUUGCCAAGGUGGCAGACUCGUUCCCGGUAGUUGGUGGUCACUGGUCCCCCCAAGCGGUUUUGACCCCAGUAAGCCGGUGACUUUUCCCCCGCACCAGACCACGUCCCCCCACUGGGACGAGGGUCCCGAGACUCCGUGGCUGAGCAGUCCCUUCUCAGCGCCCUGUCGGUGUGUGACCCUCUGUGACUGCCGUGUGCUCUGUGUCCCCCUCGUGGGUCUGCCACUACCUUGUAUAAGUGAUUGUACCUGAACUGUCUGCUUUUUAUGGUUGCCGCCAAACAGAGCAACAAGGAUUAAACAUGAAGCACACAAGCACACAUGCACACACAUACACACCUGUACACACGAGGCAGGAGGGACGCAGUGGGGCCAGAGUGACCCGUCCCUGUUCAGGCUGAGAGCCCGGUAUGGGGCUGGGUGGUGGUGUCACAGUCUUCCUCCUGCCAGGGCUGGAGGGGAUGUGGGGGUCUCAGGAUGGGGUGGGGGGCUGGGGCCGCGGUUCAGCAUUUGAGGUCCCGAGAAGGUUCUGUUUUUGUUUUGUUGUUGAAACCAUGUAACCUUCUCUUAGAAAGACGUUUAGUCAUUAUAUCUCAAUACCAAUGGUUCUUAGAUUUAGCACAAUGGAGAGAGAGUCGCUUGCUAUGUCGGUAGCAGCGGCCUUGGGGGAAGAGGGCUCGCAGGUAGCAGCGGCGUGGGGGAAGAGGGCUCGCAAGACCCGUCUACCCGUCCUGGGCCCGCUGCACCACCCUCGCGUGUUCAGUCCCGAGUGACCAGAACCGGAUGAAGAAAAGGGAGUGUCUGGAGUUGCAGUGGUCUCCAGUCCCAGGACCACUGACAGCACAGGCCUCUGCUGUCCCCACCCACCACCGGCCUGCCCCUGCACCAAGAAAGCAACUGCAGCUCGGAUUGCGUGCUGGGAGCUGGUGGGGCCCCUGUUCACUCGGCUUGGUGCGGUAGCCACUUAGCCCUAAAGGGACAGAUCUGGCUGUGUUCCAAGUAGCCCUGGCAGUGGCCCGGGCCGGGCCCCUCCCUCUGGGCACAUUCUGGAAUGAAGAGACCGCGUUUGGCUCUUGUAGAGCUCCCGCCACAAGCUCACGGGUCGGCUCUCCCUGUGUUUCUCAUUUGAUGCUGCUAUAAGCAGGGCGUGGUCUGUUGCUUAGAUUUGUGACCGUGCCGCCUACGGAAGCUUCUUCACUGUGGCCACAUGCAUUCGCUGCCUUGUGGGGGAGGGGCUGUGUGGCUCUUGGGAAGUCCCAGCAGCUCUUGCGGCCGGCUGAGCCUUGUCACUGCAGGAAAGGGGUGGUUACUAAGACACGGCCUGAUCCUCAGACUUCAAGCGCUGUGAUAGGACUCCUGAGAGUCUUGUUGAAAAUACUGUACUUCGUGGGUGUUUCACAAAGGCAGUGCAAUCUGGCGUUUGGGGGUGGCCAAGAGAGCUUGGGCGGGGACGCGAGAGAGCCUUAGGGUUACGUGUGUGCACACACAGGAAGACAACUGGCAAAGUGUGUACUGGACCUGUAGCCCGGCUUUAGUUUGAGCCACUUUUCAGAUACACUGUGAUACAUUCUUUUGCAAAUACCUAGAAGUCUAGAAGUCGUGGUGAACUUGAUGUUCAGAUGUGCUUAAAGAUAGUCUUACCAAAUGCAGACGUAAAGAGGCACUCUCCCUUUCCAGUGCCUUGUAGCUGUGGCAGGUUUAUUCUCAGCGGGAUGAGAAGUCUGGGUCUUCCCGGCUGACCCAGUGUUGGGGGACAAACCCCUGACUAAUAGUCCAGUUGUCUGCUCCUGAGUUAUAGAAGUGUGCAUCCUAACAGUCCCAGCAGACAAAAUUCUGACCACGUAGAUGCAGACUUGACUAAGUAUCCAGUAUUACUGAGUGUUAAGUAGUAACCAGUUACUGAAAUUUGUAAAACCCAUUAUGCAAAGGUAUUCAAUCAUACCCUGUUCACUUGGUUUUUUUUGUAAUCAAGGUGACUAAGAAAACAAUUUCAGUUGUGUAAAUAAAAUUAUGUAACACAAAAUGUG